CAUAAUUUCAGGAUUUGGAAUCGUGAUCGCCGUGAUUUUCUGUUCAAUCUCGUUUAUUUUACAAAUUAUUAGGUACUAAUAUUUGUCCCAUGUGUUCAGCAGUUGAUGUAUAAAUUAUGCAGAAUUUAGCUGAUUCUGAUAGUGAAGACGAAUUGCCUUCUGGAUGGGAACAGAAAUCGACUGAGGACGGGAAUGUUUACUUCGUGAACCCAUUAACAAAGAAGAUUCAGUGGACCCACCCGAGGACGGGACGUAAGAAGGUGAUUCCGAAAGAGCUGCCGUUUGGUUGGUCGAAAGCGAUGGACGACGAGGGGAAGACAGUGUACAUUCAGAAGGAAACUGGCAACAGGUCCUAUGUAGACCCCAGGCUCGCUUUUGCCAGGGAAGAAAAGAAGCAUAUUUAUGAUUUCAGGCAGCGGUUCGAUAGCUCAACAACUGCUUAUCAGGUGCUACAUGGUGUAGACCUAUCAGGAAAGUAUGCUUUGAUCACGGGUUGUAAUGUUGGCAUUGGCUAUGAGACGGCAAAGUCCAUGGCUCGUCAUGGCUGCAACAUACUCUGUGCCAACCGCAACAUGGAAGCCACACAACAAGCCAUACAACAGAUAGUUAAGGAAACUAACUGUUCCGAAGACAAUCUGAAAGCUAUCCAUUUAGACCUGGGAUCUCUGAAAAGUGUAAAGAAAUGUGCCUUAGCUGUGAAGACAGUGUUUUCUGACCAUCUAGACUACCUGAUACUAAACGCGGGUGUGUUUGGUACUCCCUAUGUAGAGACUGAAGACAAGUUGGAGCAGACAUUCCAAGUGAAUCAUCUCAGUCAUAUGUAUCUUGCAUUAUUGCUAGAGCAGUUGUUGAAGAAAGGAUCUAAAGUGAUAUUUGUGUCAUCGGAAUCCCACAGGUAUGCAAACCUACAGAAUGUAUUCUCAAGCCAGUCUAUAUCAAUGAACAGAGAUAACUAUAGUGCAAUGAUGGCUUAUAAUAUUUCCAAGUUAUACAAUGUAGUCACUGCAAAGGUUCUAAGCAAGGAAUGGAAGGAGAAAAACAUCCGGGUGAACUCGCUGCACCCCGGCAACAUGGUGUUCUCUAACCUUAGCAAGUCGUGGUGGCUGUUCCGGCUGGCGUUCCUCUUCGUCAGGCCGUUCACCAAGUCCUUGCAACAAGCUGCAGCAACAACGGUAUACGUCGCGACGGCUCCCGAACUAGAUGGCGUUACUGGUCUAUACUUCAACAACUGCUUCUAUUGCGAAGAGUCUGCGCUGGCGCAAGACGACGACAUUAUGGAGGAAGUUUUUGCUAUGUCACUGCGCUUGAUCGCGGACCGCGUCGGCACCGACGGUAUUCAGAAGUACUACGAUAAGUUUGUGACCAAUGCUAGACAUGGCUGAUGUGCACAGUCGCUGUUUACCCCGGUGAGAAAUAGGCGUGGGUAUAUGUAUAUAUGUAUGUAUAUGUAGAUAGAUCAUUAGGUAUAGAUAUACAAAUAUUAAGUGAUAAUAUAUUUUUAUUCGUUAAAGGGAUAUUGUGCACACAUCAUUUUUUCUAUAUCUUAUUUAUCCCGUGUUUGUUGAAAUUGUAUAAUUAUUAUUUUUCUAUGAAACUUUGGUUUGAUGGUGCUGGUUUAUCGAGUGGCACUUUAAUUUUGGCAUUUAGAGUUCGUUCUGGUCACAUGCCACUUAAUAACUUACUUUUUAAUGAGGAAAAAGGACUGGCCUAAUUGUACACGCUGUGGGUGUGGGACUGUCGAGGACCUUAUGCAAUUCUUGGUGGAGUGUGACCAGCGGGGUUAAAAAUGCCGCAUCGAAGCAAUUCAUCUAAAACAGCAAUACUGCAAUUUGACAUUUGCACAUAUAGUAAUAGUAAACAAAUGUCAAAUAGCAAUAUUGUUUUUUGUGAUGUUUUUUAAGAUGAAUUCGAUGUGGCUUUUUUAACCCGCCAGUACAAAAAGAUUAGAAGGAAAUUAUACCACCAAAAUCUACGUGGAAGAGAAAUCGAUUGCCUCUUGGCAGAUGCACUAUCCAUAAUGGCAAAACUUGUUUAAAAAUACUCUACUGUGUCUCUUGGGAAUAACUAUCCCUUAAAGACAUGGUGUAUUGCUGUAAUACUGAUCUUCUCCAAAGUGAUGAUUUGAUUAUCAUUAAACGCUGUAAACUAUGAGGCUGGCAAAACCACCAAGAGUGGCUUAACCCCUUAAACGCCGGAACGCGGAUCUCGACCAGACACAAUGUAAAAUCUAUUGUGUCUGGUAUCUCGGCAUAUGAGAGGUUAAGCCUCGAUAAAAAAAUUGAUUAAAAAAAAUAGUAUCAGAAUCGGAUAAUGAUAAAGUGCCAUUUAUAAUUCUAUCUAUACAUUCCAUAGAAUAAUUAAAUUACUGACAUAUUAUUUCAUAAUAAUGCUG